UCCAUCGGAGUCGUGCUUCUGUAAACACAUGUACAGUAUCGGAAUGUCCAUCUGCAAACUAGAAAUACUACCGACCUGGUUCCUGUUCGUUGUGGUGGAAUCACAGAUACAACUUCCGGCGUUGAACCAAGUGUUCUCUACAUCCCUAAACGCUCCACGGGUUGUUGCGGUACCAAGAAUCGUUGCUGUAACAUCAGUCUCUAACGGCCAAGGUACUUCAGCAUUAGCUCAAGCACCAGGCGGACCACCUCCUUCAGGUGUUCCGGGAGCAGGGAAUGCACCUCCACGAACUGGUGCUAGCCCUGGUGCUCCUCCUAGUGGUCCAGGCAGUCCUGGCCCAGGAGGUGGAGCACCUCCCGGAACUCCAGGUGCGUCGCCCACCAUCCCUGGAGUUCCAGGAGCUGGACCACCAGGAGCAGCAGGAGGAGCACCAGGAGGGGCAUCAGGGGCUGGACCACCAGGAGGAGCACCAGGGGCUGGACCACCAGGAGGAGCACCAGGGGCUGGACCACCAGGAGGAGGACCAGGAGGGCCAGGAGCACCAGGAGCUCCAGGGGGAGGACCGCCGGGAGGAGCACCGGGAGGAGCACCAGGUGGAGCACCAGGAGCAGGACCACCAGGAGCAGGACCACCAGGAGCUCCAGGGGGAGGAGCACCGGGAGGAGCGCCAGGAGGAUCACCGGGAGGACCGCCGGGAGGAGCACCAGGAGGAGCACCGGGAGGAGCACCAGGAGCAGGACCACCAGGAGCUCCAGGGGGAGGACCCCUGGGAGGAGCACCAGGAGCUGGCCCACCAGGAGCUGGACCACCAGGGACAGCCUCUGCUCCAAGAGCUGUAGGAGGAUCCCUCACGGGUCCAUCUUCAUCAUCAACAAAUUCUACUGGAAUCUCACUAAACCUCUUCACUCGCGGCGAGGCUAACAACCCCAAAAAAAACGGGGUUAACAGCAGCAACCCUGACGAAAAAAACGGGGUUAACAGCAGCAACCCCAACAAAAACAACGGGGUUAACAGCAGCAACCCUGAUGAAAACGGCUAA